UUUUUAAAGUGAAUUUAACAGUCAUAGUGCUAUGUUUUGUUAACGUCUUGUUUACAGCUUUAAUUCACAAAGGUUUGCUAAUAAUUGUUCUCUCUUCCAAUACCGGUUAUUUUUUAGGUUAGGCGUUAAGCCGCCAAACCUGAUUCCCAGCAUAAUGUACAAUCAGAUGAUAGAUAAUAGCCAAAUCCCUAUUCACAAAAUGGAAAUAUCAGCGAGAAACGUAGAUAAGUCUUUACUAACAGAUAGUAAUGCCCCAAGACUUAUUGAUUUCAUGAAUAUCAACCCCCAAACAGGAUCAACUGCGAGUGGCCUUACAGAUCAGGAUUAUCCAACUUUGAGUGGAAUGUCACAUGUGAUGAAUAAUAUGACCCAAAUAAAAUGCGUAAAUAAUGUACCUUUGCCACCAGAAAUUGUGGAUCACUUUUCUCAUGUUCAGUGUCACUGCAUGAUGGGCUUAUUUGCGGAAAUAAAUAGAGCCUGGCUUACAGUCGACAGUGACAUAUAUGUGUGGACUUAUGAAGAGAAUACCGACUUGGCUUAUUUCGAUGGAAUAAAUGAAACUAUUGUAUGUGUAGGUCUUGUGAAGCCGAAACCGGGAGUUUUUCAUGCUUUCAUAAAAUAUCUGUUGGUUCUAACAACAGCCGUCGACAUCAUAGUGCUUGGCGUUACAUUCACCGAAGGUCCCGGAGGACCUAUGGAGGAAAUACAAUUAAUUCCGGACCCCGUGUUUACGAUACCCACAGACGGGAGUACGGUUUCUACCAUUACAGGCACUUCUGAGGGCAGGUUAUUUCUUGGUACGAAGGAAGGCAGUUUGUAUGAAAUUUCUUAUCAGGCCGAAAGUGGGUGGUUUGGGAAGCGAUGUAAGAAAGUAAAUUUAUCGACGAGUGCAUUGUCGUUCUUGGUCCCUUCGUUUUUAAAUGCGGCUUUGAGCGAGGAGGAUGGUAUUUGUCAAAUAUCGGUAGAUAAUAGUCGACAUAUACUGUAUACUCUAACAGAAAAAGGAACUAUUGAGGUUUGUGAUUUGGGUGAAAAGGGGAAUUCCUUUUCCAGAGUGACAAAAAUCUCGCAGGCCUCCUUAGUGAACCAGGCAAUGAAUACAGUUAAGACGUUGGAUAGUCAAAAUUUCAGGCCAAUUGUAAGCAUAUCGGCAAUUGAAGCUUACGAAUCGGGAAACAUAAACCUCGUGGCAGUUUCGCAAACUGGCGUCAGGUUUUACAUGUCCGUCGUCAGUCUUUCGAACCUCCAACCGAACCAGAGGCCUUACACUCUAACCCUACUACACGUACGUUUGCCGCCGGGUUAUUCCGCGAACGUAACUGUAAGACCCAGAGCCGUUCACAUGUCUAAUUAUAGAGACAGGAACCUCGUACUGAUUUCCACCGUUAACGAGAAGGACGUGCUGUGGUGUAUGAGCUCGGAUCUGUUCCCUUUUACUCAGACACUUAUGGAGGCUUAUAAUACCGUUAAUUUGGACGGACCUGCUCUGGCGAUGGCCGAGGUGAGACACGACGUUCAUCUCUACAGCUCCACCAUGCAAGAAGCCCCCCCGAUGGUGGUUAGGCAACAUGCCGAGGCCCCACACAAAUACGUCGUCCUAACUUCGCACGGCGUACAAAUCUUCGUCAAACUCAGGCCGGUCGAUUUGCUUAAACAAAUUUUAAAGGACAGCCGUGGGAUCGAUACGGAGGCUCUGAAGACCUUCUUCAUGAUUCAGAAGGAGGACCAGGCUUGCGCGACGUGCCUGAUCCUGGCCUCUCUGGAGAGCGAUGACAAUGUGGAAAUCUCGGAGUAUGCCACAAGGGCAUUCUUCUUGUUUGGAGGCGAACCGAGAUUGUCACCCAUUAACGCCACUAAUAUUUUUUCUGGUACAUCAAUGUUCUCUCCGAACAUCAUUUCGACUCCAGCUUCACAUCAAUAUCAACAGGGUGUUUUCCCACAGAGUCCCAAUCUUUCUCAGACUAUGUCGCCACAUCAGACUCCCUUUGAUGUAGUUAGCCCUUUCACUUUUUCGCCCAAGCACAACGGGCUUUAUUUGUAUUUAUGUCGAAUUUUGAGACCCAUCUGGAACAGAAGGUGCGUCGACAGGAUUUGUAUGGACUGGAAAACGGUAACGAACAUCAGCACGAUAACGAGCGAAGACUGCAUAUACAUCUUAAACAACCUCACGGCUCUCCACAACUUUCUCGCCUACAACACCCAGCUUUCCAACAUAACCACCGCCUCGGCCAACCCCCAAAGCUCUAUGUACAACAACACCUCGAUGAACGUCACCCGAAUGAACCAAACCAUACAGGACGCGCAGCUGGAAGAGCGCCAGUCGUUGGACUCCCUGAAAACGUUCGUCUGCCACUGUUGCCAGAUAAUAGGGCUGUGGAGAAUCCUCUGUGAGCAUCAGUUCCAUUCACUGAUAGGCGCGUUGCCGGAGAACCAGCAACAGGUCUUACAGAACACCACAUUUAAAGAACUGUUUCUCCACAGGCAGGACGUUUGCUCCAUGCUAAUAACGACGUUGGUUAACAGUUACCUGGGCGAUAACGCUUCCGUGGAUUCUAUAAGCGCGAAAUUGAGGGAGGUUUGCCCGCACCUGUACAGGACGGAGGAUGCUGCGUUCUCGAAGGCCAACGAGAUUCUGAAAUCUUCGAGGACGGUACAAAACGUCGACGAAAAGGAAGAAAUGAUAUUUUCCGCCCUGGAACUGUGCAAAACGAUCGCCCCGAACGUUAAUCUGUGCGAGGUGUGCAAGGAAUUCACCGCGUUGAAAGCUUACAAAGCAGUGACGGAGCUCUGCCAUCAUUGCGGCAGAAAAAUCGAUCCGGAUAAGAUAGCUGAGAAUUUUUAUAAUUCGGAGGACAACGGAGCCGAUCAGGAAGGGUUCAGCUACUACCAGAAGAGAAUGGAGAUUUAUAAGCAUGUACUGAACAUGUUGGAUAGUUUGUAUACAGACCAGAAUCAAAACCGUGUCGCUAGCAUACCUCAAGAUCAGUUCUACAGUAGCGCUCAGUCUAUUCUGUUGAACGGACUGGAUCAGUCCCACGUUGGGCCUAUCAUGAAGCAAGUCAUAAACGAGAUCUUGGAAUGCCCGGACGAAAUCAUGCACGUGGCAUUGUACGAGUGGAUGGUAUCGAAAAACAUGACUAGCGACCUGAUAAAGAUAGGAAAAUCCUCGUUGGAGACCUACUUGAAGCAUACCUCUUCGCAACAUCCCGAUAAUAUAGCCGUCAUGGAUCUACUGUGGAAGUUCUACGAGAGCAACAACAAUCACGCCGCAGCAGCUAGGAUCCUGGAUAACCUCGCUUCUAGGACCGGAAACGCUGUUCCGCUAAAAGACAGGUUGUCGUACCUCGCCAGGGCGAUCAUGUGCAUGAGGAGCGACAAGGUCGGGUACGCUCCCUACCUAGGAAUGUUCCUGCGGGACUUGGAGGACAAGAUGGAGGUGGCGAAAGUUCAGGAACAGAUCUUAGACGCCAUCGUCAACAUGCAGAAUCAGAUCCCCAAUGCGCAGGAGGCCAUAAUCAUGCUCAAUUCCGAGCUGUUCGAAAUUUCGCAGUUGUAUGAGAACUUUGCGGAACCGUACAAGCUUCUAGAGUGCCAGCUGGCUAUUAUAGAUUGCGCCGGUUACACCGACAGUGUCCUGAUCGAGUCGAUAUGGCAGCAGAUCUUGUCGGACGAGAUAAGGAAGAGUUCGGGUUCCGGCAACGACAGGGUGAAUCAGGUGUUAACGAAAGUUAAGCAUCUAGCUAGGAAGUACGCGCAUUCGUCGCAAUGUUUUCCGUUGGAUUACAUCGUCUACGAGCUAGAAAUCGUGUGUGCGAAGUUGAAGGCUGACAAAUACCUCGUGCCAACAACUUUGGUAUCAAUAAACGUCCCCUUUGAGAAACUGAUAAUGGUGUACAAUAACUUAAUAACGAUCUCGGUGAACGACCACUUCUGGCAGAUGGAGGAGAACGAGUUCCAUCUAUCUGAAGCCACCGCCUCUUUAAUAGACUGUUACCUCAGCAGUCACGAGAGCUACAACAGCGUCGAGAAGAGGAAAAUUACGUCUCUUUGUCAAGAUACGGUGGCCGCCUUGCUCUCGAAUUUGUAUAGUAAGCCUAAUACGGACCAUCUAGUGAAUCAGCUCAGAAGUAUACAAGCGAAACUGUCCAGAAUUUAAACUAAACUCGGUGGAGCCCAGUGCCUGACAUUAUGAUCGUGUAAUUUUUUUUUAUAUACAUAUUGAAUAAGGUAACAGUAAGUCAAUAAAAGUGUUUUUUAGACUUUAUACAAAAGUGUUGUAUUUUCCUUAUGUUUAUAUUGAAUUGCAGUUUUAUUAAACUCUUUUUAA